AUGUUGCACUUCGUUUUCCUUUCUCUGCUUACGAGCACCGCCCUUGGCCAGCUCUGCGAGAGCCGCUUGAAGACUCACCGUGGAAGCCUCGAGCUCUCUUCUGAUUUCUGUCCCGUCAAGAAUGACGACUCGACUGGCCUGUCCCAGCACCACCGCACGCCUUUCGCCGUCUCUCCAAAUGGCCAGUUCGCAUACCUUGCAUACCUCGAUGCAUCGGGCAGUGGUGUCCAUGUCCAGGCGGUUAACCCGCUGACCUUCACGCCCAUAGGAAAGCCCGUGACAAUGGCCCACGGAAAGGAGGCCGGUGGUCUCGUUGCCCACGAUGAUGGAUUUGCCCUUCUUACUAACGAGCCCAUGCCGUCCGGAACACCCAAUGCACCCCCCAACAACACUGCUGUGGCUGUCCUGUACCGCUACACCCUUGGCAAGGAGACCUUCAAGACAUUCCUCGGUGGCCCAAGUGACGAUUCAGCCGGCGCUUCGUGUUCUCCACGCCUGAACGGUGAUCUUGUUUAUUCUGAAGAUGCUGGCAUGUACGGUGCUGCUUUUACCGCUGCUGGCUACGCUGGUGCUGCAAAGGGUCACUCUAGUGACAGUCUCCAAUACGUCAAUGAGAACGGCACUAUCACGAAGACCGCAGGCGCUGCGGACUGCUCCCGCAACAGUGGCAUUGCCCUCGAGGCUUCCGACUCAGUGCCAUUUGCGAGUGUGUGCGCUGACAACAAAGGCACUCUAUAUCUGAACAACGGCGCUGGCAUGAACAGCAGCCGUGUCAAGAUCGGCGCUGCCACCGGGGCUAUGGGAGGCGCAUCAGGCUCCUACAGCCAUCUUACGCGCUUCUUCGAUACCGACUCGUACAUCUUUACCUGGAUGUCGCGAGGUGCGAAGGACUCAUCCGCAAACCGCAACGUCGCUGUCGCUACCUCGCAAAAGGCCGGCAACAUGCACGUCACCUGGAUGACCGCCGGCAAAACUGACUGCCAAAACGCCCGCGUCGCUACUUUUGACAGCUCCAACGCCAUUGUCUCCUGGGAGGAGAUUGCCGAAGGCAAAUUCACAGGCACUUACUUCCAGCAGAUCAGAGACGGCAAGAAGAUUGGCAAGCCGAUCAAGUCCACGAACGUCUACGUUGCUGGAGACAUGGUCAACAUGGGCGAUGGCCGCGUGUGCUGGCCCUACGUCAACAUGGCGUGGAGCCUCGAUGGCCUGGCCUCGAAAUGCCCCCUCACCAAGGUCAUGAGCUUCGCAUGCAUGACA